AUUUUGUACAGAAGCGCACACUACCGGUUGUGCGUUACUCAUGUCCGAAGGGAUAAUCACCUGUAGUGUGCAUAGUAUUUGCUCUGUGAUCGAUGAAUAUACUGCUUGCCGCGAUGUCAAGAAUUUAGAAAGACAAUUCACUUUGUUAUACCAGUGCAUACAAGACAGCGACCUACCUUAUGUGGUCCAGUGGAUGUGUAACUGGCUAGGAAAACUUUGUUUAUUAAGUGACGGUAGUUUAGUUCUCGUAUUUGAACAAAGUCUACUUGAAAUAUCCGUUUCAUUUGACUGUGAUCAGUGUGUUCUUCUUCUUCAGAGUUGCCUUAAUACCUUCAGUAAUGUGGGAUAUUUUACUCGAAUUCUUAAAGCUUUAUCUGUUUGUGCUAUUAAAAUCGAAUUAAAAUACUUUGGCCGAAUCAAGGAAUCCUUUAAUUCAUGUGAGGAUGCAGUAAAAAAAUUUGCUGACGAAGAUUUAUUCUGUGCACUUCAUGCAUCUGCUGACUUAUUUAGAAAUUUAAUUUCGCCAACUUCAGUUAGGCUGUUAAAUUCUGCCGAUAAGUGUUUUUUACGGCGUCAUACUUUGUACAUGAUUUCUAUGUUAUUGUACAUUGAUUCUAAAGACAAAGAAGAGCUACUUGUUCUUUUUGUGAAGAAUCUUUCGAAUGUAUGUGAAGGAUUGUACACGUUUUAUUUAUCAUGUCGUAGAUUACUUCUCACAUCGCCGGAUACAGUUCUAUACGGAAAAACAGCUGCUUCCUUUAUGGUACCAAGUUGGAUCCAGUUACUGCACUACUUCUUUACUAGUCAUACAUAUGAACUGUACAAGUUUUGGCCAUUAGUUUUUACUCAUGAGUACUGGAUCGACUUAAUCUGUCCUUUUGUAUAUUUCUUGCUCGAUGGAUCCGGGCGUAAUCCGCGGUUUAGAAAUUGUAAAGUUGGUUUUAUGGACUCUAGCGAACAAAAAGUUCACCCUGACAGAUACUCCAGGUUAAGACAAUUCUCCAUGGAUUUUAUUGAAAGCCUUUUUAAAAGAUACCAUUGUUCUCUUCAAUUUGCUUGGUGGGAUCCUCAUCGGCUUAAGUUGUUAGAGUAUCUAGAAGUUGUUGCUACCGAACCAGUAUCUGAUGAAACUCUUCCAAAUCAUAUUACCCAAGCAAUCGGUUGUAUUGAGCAAAUAGUCUCGUCGUCAACCUACCUCGCUCGAUUCCACAUCUAUGCUAAAUUUCUGGGACCCACUCAAAAUCGUGUACAUCAUGGUUGGCGUGGCCAUGUGAUCAUUUUAUUUAAAAAUCAUUUACACAGCCUUGUGCAAAGUAUUAGUGAUUCUAAAGCUCAGUCUGAAGUAACUGACCCAGAAAAUAGUGCUAAUUCGUGUUACUCAGAAGACGUCAAGCGUAUAUUUAAAUACACAUUCACGUAUCCACUACCAUCCAGUUCACAGGAAGAUUUAAUUGAUGAAAGCAGCUGGUUAUUAUCCGCCCUGAACUUGGCUAUGUAUGUGUUUAUGAAGUUCAAAUCAUACCCUUCACCACUAAUAUCCUACAUUGUAAAGCUUAUGACCAAUACUUCUGAUAGGAAAAUAAGUUACUUUAGCGAAUUUCUGUGUAAUUUAAAGUCACGUUUAGAUCAACAUAUUGUUCAGUAUCAAACACGUAUUUCUGCACUCCAAACGACCUUGCGCAAUACAGGUGAUACUACAGAAGCAAAACGUUUAACAUCAGAACUUGGCGUUCAAGAAAGUGUCAUGCUUCGUUUGCGUCUUUUGGAAAUGACUUUCCAUCAAACUCAGACGUUAUAUCUACAAUCCAAAUCUAACGGUUACAUGUAAAUGGGGGACUUGUUUUUGUAAUGCUCGUUUUGUAAAUAAAAUUUUAUUCCCGUACUCCUUGUUAUAAUCUCAAUCGUUUUAUUGGUUUGUAGCUCCACAUCUUGAUUUUAGGUAGUCAUUUUUGUUAUUCGAACCAAAGAAACUAUGAUUGGACGCUUCGUUAUUUCUGGAGGACGACAACUGAAAUUAUGUUCGUUUGUCCUGUCUGCAAACAGUAGCUCUAAAUACAGAAUGAUCACUGUAGUAUCAUCCACUGUCCAUGUUCCUUUGCAAAGGUUGUGUCAGUUAUCUUCUAUCAUAUUCAGUGAUCAUAACAAAUUACACGGUACUGAAACCCAUCAACUCGUACUAGAUUCAAAUUUGAAGGCACGUGUUUUGGAAUCCACAUUGGCCUAUGUCCCGAAAUAUGGUUGGUCACGAGAAGCGGUUGAGGCUUGUUGUCAAGCUGAAGGACUACCUUCAGGAUUACAUGCCUAUGUUGCACCUCAAGGUGGAAUUGACACAGUUUUACACUUCUAUGCUACACGUAAUCAACAGCUGGCUGAAGUCAUGCAGCAAUGGAGGACAACUAGUGAUAGUACAAACAAGAAUAUUGAUAUUAAAGAAUCAGACUUACCUCUAUCAUCAUACCCAUCUACAGCCGCUGAAGUAGAUCACUUUUUAUAUCGUUCUUUGGAAUAUCGACUGAAACUAAUUAUACCAUAUUUAAGUGUUUGGCCUCAAGCUUUAGGCUUGUUAUCUUUACCUACAAAUAUUCCUUUAUCUAUUGGUAUGCUUGCUCAACUUGUCGAUGAAAUAUGGGCUCAAGCAGGUGAUCGUUCAACUGAUAUAUCAUGGUAUGCUAAACGUCUGGGUGUUGCUUAUGUGUACAAUUUAACAGAAUUGUAUAUGUUACAAGAUAAAUCACCGGAACUUUCAGAAUCAUGGAUAUUUUUACGUAAACGAAUUGAAGAUUUACGAUCUAUGAAACAGAUGAAUUUGAAGGCUGCAUCAAGUAUGCUUACAAAUGGUGUUUUAGCUUUUGGAAAUGUUACUUGUAAUAUUCUCGGAUGGAAUCGUAACAAUUAGAAUGAGAUGUUUGUUUCUUUUUGUGAUAGGAAUAUUCUCGUUUUUGCUGUUUCUUACUUUUUUUCAAAGUAGAAGAUAAAAACCAAGACUCUUUCUACUCAAUUCUUUUUUUGCUCUUCUAUUAGGUUCUGUAUUUAAAAGCUUCGUAUCUAGUGAUUAUAGUUGUAUGCCAAUAUUAUUCAUAACGUAACUGUGUGUACAUUUUAUACUUGUGUUUUAUUAAUUUAUCUUUUAUAUUCUUUAUAUAGAAGCAGAAAUAAAAACGAAAUAUACAACUACUAAUUGUGGUUUACUUCUUUUAUUUACUGAAUGUUUUUUUUGUUUUUGCAUAAUAUGACGAUUUCGAUAGAAGGUUUGUGGAAAUUUAUUCAUGUCAUAGUUUACAUUACAGACUGAUCUUAUUCAGACAAUUGGUGAAAAUCAGAAAACACUGAUGAGCUAUUUCAUCCUAGUAUUGUGGUGUGUGUUACUAAUGUCAAUAGAUAUAGGUAGUAUGUAUCACCAAUCGAAAGUGGAAUGUCUAGCGGCAGAAGGUUGAGAAAAUCAAAAAGAAGAGAACGAGAACAGAAAGUGAUCAGUAUGGAAACGAGAGAACAGCAAAAUCUGAGACACUUGAUGGAUCUUCUGCAAAUAAAGUACUUACUGUAUGAUUCUAGGAUUUUACCAAGACAUUCUGUAAUUUUUUAUUCAAAUACAUUUGGUUGUCAGCACUUUUGUCCUCGUUCACAACAGUAUCGCGAAUUAAUUGGUACUGAAUUCCCACUCAUUGAUGUUAAGGCUAAGCACAUACGUCUCAAAGUUGUUAGAUUCCUAGUGACGUUGUAGAUGCCCAUUAGCUGAGACGUUCGUUACUGGUAUGAAACAGCUGUUGACGGCUACUAAUGAUUAUUUAAUUAAAGUUGGUUUAUGAUUACAAUUGUUUAUCCAUUUUUCUAUUUACUUUUAGGCUUCGUUGUUUCAUGUGAAUGGCAUCAGGUUUUCGUAGUACCGUUUGGGAUCCAAUUCUAAUUAUCAGUCAAAUUGUAUUUAUGCAAUGUAUAUUUUAUAUAUCUGCCGGUUCCAUUUCUGGACUUCUACUAAUAAUCAUUUCACAUAAUUUACCAACAUUGGAUAUGAUUUUUAUUGAUACGAAAAUACAUUUCCCCGAUUCAAUCGGUAUAUGUCUCUUUAUUGGUUUUCUAUUAACUCCAUUAAUAUGUAGUAUUGGAUUAUGGUUUAUUGUAAAACGCAGUAAACAAUGUCUUGAUUUUUCAUGUACUAUACAUUUUUGGCAUUUUAUAUUUUGUAUUAUUUAUUCGCAUAGUUUCCCUCAAUCUAUACUUUGGUGGAUUGUCAAUUUAUUAUCAAUUGCUAUAAUGACAGUAAUGGGUGAAUUUUUAUGUAUGCGAAGUGAAAUGGCUGAGAUUCCUUUAAGAUCUACAUACAGUGUUAGUUGAUUAUAUAAUCAUUAUCACAUGGUUAUUAUUUAUACUAAUUACAUUAUUUGUGUUUUGAUUUUUGCCAUUCAUAUAUUUAUUAAGAUUUUAUUUGCUUUAUGAGUUAUCGUAACUUUAUUCGUGAUAAAUAUCUGUAUCAUUUCCUCCAUUCUUAAAUUGGUUCAGCUUUACGCCUCUUGUUAUCAUUGUUAUUUUUUUGAUUAAAGAUUGUUUUUAUUUGUUUAGUUAUGUUGUGUGUCGUUUAAUUAUCAAUUUUUAGGAAAAAGAAUUUUCUCUUCAGUAUAACCAACCCUCAACUGAAUUUGUGACUAAGUUCUGAAUUUCGAGAUUUUUAUUGUUGAUCGUUGUUUAGAAAUUGAGGUUUUUUCCGAAAAAGUAGUUACACUGUAUCGACAUUUCUUCAGUU